UAAAUUUUUCGAUAAAUUACUUUUUUUUAAACACUUUCUAAAAGAAUGUAAGCAAGUUUAGCGAUAAAUAAGAACAUAAAUAGUGAAAAGCUUGAGCCACCAAAAUGUUCCUUGAGCUGUCGAUGUCCCUUUGCGUCCUGCUUAUCCUGCCAGCGGAGUCUUUUGAGCCGUUCAGCAUGACCGCCGUGGGCCUCGGCCUCGCCGGCACUGCAGUUUAUUUUAAGAACCAAACGUACUGCAGAUUCUAUGAGUGCUGCGAUGACCGGAGCAUACCUGGCGACGUACAAGCACUCAGGAGUUCGCUAGAGAGUACGCUUAUUGGCCAACACAUCGUGGCUCAGCACGUAGUGCCCGCCCUGACGGCUCACUUUAGCUCCCAGAGGACGUCGCGCAAGCCGCUAGUGAUCAGCUUUCACGGUCAGCCGGGAACGGGCAAGAACUUCGUGGCUGAGCAGAUCGCCCAGGCACUUUACCUGGAGGGCUCAAGGUCCGGCUACGUGGCCAAGUACCUGGGUCAGGCUGACUUUCCACAGGAGGAGCGCUUGGGCGAGUACAAGGAGCGGAUAAACAGGGAGGUGCGACAGCAGUUGAAUAACUGCCCGCGCUCGCUGUUCAUCUUCGAUGAGGUGGACAAGAUGCCCAGCGGCGUCUUCGACACCCUCGCCUCGUUGGUCGACUACAAUGCCUUCGCCGACGGCACGGACAACACGAAGGCGAUAUUCAUCUUCAUCUCUAACACGGGCGGCGUACACAUAGCCGACCAUCUGGGCCAACUGAUGUUGGGCGGUAAGUUGCGCGAGGACACCCGGCUUAGCGACUUCGAGCCGCUGUUGAAAAAGGCUGCGUACAACACACAUGGAGGACUGAAAAAGACCGCCUUAAUAGACUCCCACGUCAUCGACCAUUUCAUUCCGUUCCUCCCGAUGGAGAAGACGCAUGUGAUAAAGUGCCUGGAGGCGGAGUUCGGGCGCUGGAAAAAAACACCCGACAAGAGCAUCAUAGAUGACAUCCUUAAAGAUUCUAUUAGCUUUGAUAGCAAACACGGCCUGUUCGCCAUCUCCGGCUGCAAGACUCUGGAGAAAAAAGUGGCUAUGGCACUUAAUUGAUUCACCGAAGGUCCGUAAUACCAAGUCAUGAUUAUCUUGUUUUUCUUCAGAUGAAUUUUAGGAACAAAGUGAAACUAGUAUCAAUUAAAUUAUAGAUUUACCAAAGUUGUUUUCCCUUU